AUGUAUGCUUACAAUUUGAUGCGAAAAAGACAAUCAGAAGAAAGUAGAGCUAAAUUGGAACAACAAUUAAAAGAUUAUAUGAAUAAUGCGACUCCAUACAUGCGGGAAUUUCAAAGAAUGAAAAUCACUGAAUUUGAAUAUAAAAGAGAGGUUGAUAAGAUAAAAUCACAAUUAGAAAAAUAUGAUGAAAAAUAUGGAAUGAAUGAUCCAAAGGAAUCAGCGAAAAAAAUCUCAAAAUUAGAAACUGAAUGUUGUUAUCUUAAAAAAAGUGAGAAAGAAUUAUUACAAGAAAUUCAAGUUUUAGGCGAAUAUUGGACACGUAAAGAUGAAGAAAAUAUCCAAAAAGUCUUUGAAAUUAUUGCACAAGAUGAAAGAAUACAGAUUGCAAUGGAGCUUGAAUUAAAUGCUAGACAAAAAUUGAAUGCUGCCUGGACGGAACAAGCAUCAUUAGUAAAAUUGAAAAGUCUUUUGUUCACAGUUAUUCAAAGCCAGACUGAUUGUAUUCGACCAAUGAAACUCUUGGAAAAUAAUUUUAAAUCACAAUUGGAAAAUGCUAAUAAAGAAAUGGCAUGCUCUAAACAAGUGAUUAAUGCCUAUGAACUCCAAUUAAUUAAAAUGACUCAACGACAAAAAGAAACGAAAGAAAAAAUAGAUAAAACAUACAAUUCUUAUAUAGAUCUUCAAAAAAGAUAUGAUAAUUUGACAAGAUCAUAUGAAAAUGUAUCAUUUAAAUUUAGGAGAUUAAAUGAAGAAUUAGAAAUUUCCAAGAAAAAAGCAAAACUACUAGAUAAUAAUCAAUCAAACAUAUCUGCACAAUUAGCAUAUAAUUAUGAG